UUUUGAUGCAUUUGUUUACCUUUUAAACUACAUACAUUUUUAUAUUAUAAUUAUACACUAGUAUAUCGGCCUCAUAAAGUACGAUAAAGAUUAAUUAUCACAUAUAUAGUGACUCCAACUAAUCAAACCUACGCAAUUAAAUAUGGUGCGGCAAUAUGACUAAAAUAGUUAACAUGUUGAUUAAUAUAAUAUUUUUUAGUUUAUUUUAUGCUUGUAAAUGUGAAUAUGGGUUUGUUUUGUGGUCUGAAAAUAAACCUACUGUAACCGUGACUGACUAUUACGCUGAUAUACCCGAUGUAUACGUAGCGAAAGCAACUUACAGCAAUGAAAUAAAUAAUACAGGUUGGGCAUUUCUUGAGCUGCACACAUCAAGAGACUCAACAGAUGAGAAACAAGCUUAUUCAGCUGGUUUUCUGGAAGGAUUCCUCACAAGAGAUCUGAUAUGGAUGCAUUGGCAAAAUGUUCUGAAAGGAUAUUGCUUUAACAAAACUGAUGUAUGCGCGUUAAUUGAAGAUUAUUUAGAUAAAAAUGAAGAUUACAUAGCAUCUAUGGUGCAAGAACACUAUGAGGAUCCUUAUUGGUACCAGAUAAAGCUAUACUACAUCCAGCUGGAAGGCCUAGCAGCCGGCUACAAUGAUGCCACUAAGAGCAUGUACGAAUGGCUCACUGUAAGAGAUAUACUUUGGAUUAACAUGCUGGGUGACUUGGACGACCUGGCGUUCGCGCUGUCCAUGCCGAGGGAGACGCCCGAGGGCCUGAUGUUCGGGGAGCACUGCUCGGGGCUGGUGAAGCUGCUGCCGGACCUCUCGGACCUGUACACGGCGCAGGUCACGUGGAACAGCUACCAGUCGAUGCUGCGGAUCCAGAAGAUGUACGUGAUGAACUACAUGACGUCACCGGGCAGCGGGGUCCUCAUACCGGGCAGGAAAAUGUCGCUCUCUUCCUACCCGGCCUUCGUACAGUCGACGGACGACUUCUACGUGAUGUCGUCGGGGCUGGUGGCCGCCGAGACCACCAUCGGCAACAGCAACCGGACGCUGUACGAGCACGUGCGGCCGGAGGGACAGAUAUUGGAGUUCGUCCGCGCCAUGGUUGCCAACCGGCUGGCCACGGACGGCGCGCGCUGGGUCCGCCUGUUCAGGGAUCACAACAGCGGCACCUACAACAACCAGUGGUACGUUGUAGAUUACAACAAGUUCACCCCGGCUGUUGGGAAAAUGAAGGGGUCUGUGAGGCCGGGCCUGCUGUGGGUGGUGGAACAGCUUCCGGGAUACACAGAAGCAGCCGAUAUAACUGAAGAGCUCAAGCAAACAUCGUAUUUCCCUUCGUACAACAUCGCGUACUUCCCGAGCGUCUUCAACUUGAGCGGCGGGAACGAGCGAGUGAACACUUACGGCGACUGGUUCGGCUACCACACCAAUCCCAGGGCGAAGAUAUUCAAGCAGAAACAGAGUGAGAUCCACAAUCUGCGCGACAUGUACCGGACUAUGCGGUACAACGACUACCGGCACGACCCGCUGUCGCGCUGCGCCCCCUGCGCGCCCCCCUACAGCGCCGCCAACGCAGUCGCCGCCAGGAACGACCUCAACCCCGCCAACGGUACGUACCCGUUCAGGGCCCUAGGACAUCGCAGUCACGGAGCCACCGACGCGAAGAUCACGAGCUCGCUGCUCAGGAAGACUUACCAGUUCAUAGCCGUCUCAAGCCCCACCUACAACUUGUCCAGGGGGGUGCCGCCCUUCGUUUGGAGUAAGUUCGACAUGGGUCCGCAGAUAUCUCACGUGGGCCACCCCGAUGUGUGGAUGUUCUCGCCCCUGCUCCACCGCUGGGAGUGGGGAUAGGCUCACGCACAGUCAACAGCAACGAGCUGCUUGUAUUGCGAAUAUACAUACAUGUUUUCGUUGAAAGCGCACUCUAAAUUAAACUCUAUAUCUAUAUGGCAUAAGAUGAAUAUUUAAUA